UAAAGUGUCCUCAUCUUUUAAUUGCCAAGGAGAAAGUGAAAAUCUUACACCCUAAAAGUCCCGGAAAAACAAAUUAGGAUAUUAAGAAACUAACAAUGGAGCCCGCCUAAAUCUGAAGCAAGCAAGAAACCCAGAACUGCAACUACUCGAGGCAGCUCUCGUACGAGGAGCUUAAAGAUGUUCUCAAUCGCAGCUAUUAACGACACAGAUUCCAAAGGCCAAUGGGAACCCUUAGCUCCUACUAAAGAAGCCCAGGAAUUCCAUCUUACACAAGCUUACCAUGAUGGGCUUCUCAAGUUGCAAGCUAAAGACUACGGAAAGGCUCGAGAUCUGUUAGAGUCCGUUUUGAAAGAUCCUCUUAUUUCAAACGCUCAUGUGGAUAACAAUACUACAGACGGUCAUCUGUUACAACUCAAAUUUUUGGCAUUGAAGAACCUUGCCACUGUUUUUCUUCAACAAGGUUCAAUUCAUUAUGAGAGUGCUUUGCGUUGUUAUCUUCAAGCUGUAGAGAUUGAUAACAAAGAUUCGGUUGUCUGGAACCAGCUGGGAACUCUAUCGUGCUCAAUGGGUUCAUUGAGUAUUUCACGUUGGGCUUUUGAGCAGGGACUUUUGUGCAGUCCUAAUAAUUGGAAUUGCAUGGAGAAAUUGUUGGAAGUUCUCAUUGCCAUUGGUGAUGAAGUUUCAUGCCUUUCUGUUGCAGAGUUGAUUUUAAGGCAUUGGCCAUCGCAUUCACGAGCCUUGCAUGUUAAAAAUACUAUUGAAGAGUCAGAAUCAGCUCCUUUUGCUCCUAGAGGUAUAGAUAAGUUGGAACCUAAACAUGUUCGUCUUAAAUUCCAUGACAAGAGGAAAGCACCUGAUGAGAAUCUAGAUGAAGAUACUGCACUUAAAAAGUUGAACCAGAACGUAGAACUGCAAAUUGCGGAAGCUUCCUGGGCAGCUCUCAUUGAUGGACUCCUGGGAAUUUUACUUCCUCUCAAUGGUUAUGGCUCUGAGGUCGGGACUGGAAAAUCAUAUAGAUCUGGGGAUGUUAGGUUAAGCAUACUGUUCCCUCCUAGUGCCGAGAUUGUGAUGGAGCCUGUGGAAAAUGAAGAGCCUACAUUAGCUUCAAGUGGUGAAAGCAUGCCUCCUGGUGAUUCUGACUCUCAAAGGGCUAGUAACUUGAAAGAAAAAGAAUCAACUUUUUCAGAAGAACAACCACAGGAGAGGCGUAGUACUCGUCUUGAAAGUCUUAGGAGUCGUAAACCUGACAAAGAAGAAUUAGGUUUUACUGCUGGUAAGGAUUUGGGCAAGAUCGUGCUUCAAUUACUUGAACCUUUUGUCAUCAGUAAACCAGAAGGCAAAGAUUCUGAUGAUAUUGAUAAUUGUUCUGUCUCCUGUGCUGAUCAAGCUAAUUCCUUCGAUAUGGAAUGUCAAGAUGUUGCUAAUUUUGUAAGAGAAACUUCAAAAAAUUAUGGUGCUUACCAUAUGGGUCAUUUGCUUUUGGAACAUGCCGCAAGUAGCUGCCUUGUGUAUCAAGAUUCGCAUGUCAAAUUCCUUGAGUUGGAGAAGCUUCUAAGGAAUUGGGGGCAAGAUAGGACUCCUGAGUGUAGUCUUUUUCUCGCUGAGUUGUAUUACGACAUUGGGUCUUCUCCUUACAACUCCAAUCUAGCUGAGUUCUUAUCAGAGGCAUCCUACCAUCUUUGUAAAAUAAUCGAAUCAGUAGCUUUAGAUCAUCCAUUUCAAUCGGCUUUUGGAAAGGAGAAUUGUUCUUCAUUUAACAGUUUGCAAGGGACUGGUGCAAUAUCACCUGAUAGCCCCAGUUUUGAAAGUUCACAUAUAGAUAGUUUCUUGCCAUCCAACAAAAGUCCCUUUUGGGCUCGCUAUUUCUGGAUAAGCGGACAGUUAUCUGUUCAGGAUGGGAAAAAGGCAAAAGCUUAUGAAGAGUUCUGCAUUUCCUUGUCACUUUUGGAAAAGAAGGAAAAUGCAAACAAUUCUUCCAUGGUGCAGUUGCCACAUUGUAAGAGUUGUAAAGAGUUAACUGUAGAGAGGAUUCUUCAUGAAAUAAAUUUGUUAAAGGUUGAUUUCUUGUUGGAGAAGAAUCUAAGUGAGGUGAUUGAGAAAGAGAUGUAUCUGGAAUGUGUAACUUCACUUGCUCCUCUUCUUUUCUCUUCUGAUUCUUUAUCACCUUUACUGGCUGCUGACCCAAAGGGUGACGGUUUUACAUCUGUUGAACUAUCAGCAUUGGAUAUGUUAAUUAAAGCUUGUCAGAAGAUAAAGCCAAUGGAUAUGGAGGUGUAUUUGAAUAGUCACACACGAAAGCUUCAAAUACUCAUGGCAUUAGCUGGAAUGAAUGAAUGUGUUGCUUUUGGCAAAGGCUUUCAUCUGAAGUCAGGAUCAAAAAUGCAUUCCGGUCCUGAGAUGGUAUCGAGUGACAGUUCAAGCAAGAACUGGAAUCACUUGGUUACAGAGGAAGUGAAGGCAAUUUUACAAUGCGUCUCACAAGUGAAGGACUUCAUUGAUCAAUCUGGAGAGACUAGUGGCACUGGUUUAGUUAGCAUCUUUAGUAAUAUUCAAUCACUGCUUUUGGCAAUCAUGUACAACAUUGCAAAAGAUUUCCUUUGUAAGAAAGCUUCUAUACCAGCAACUGUUGAUCAACUCGAGCAAAAGCAAAGUAAUUGCUUCAUCAAUGCGGCCAUUGCUUUUUGCAAGCUUCAACAUCUUGACCCUUCCAUAACUGUUAAAACCCAGGUCGAAUUAAUUGUGGCAAUUCAUGACUUGCUCGCUGAAUAUGGGCUUUGCUGUGCGGGCGAGGGCAGUGAAGGGGAGGAAGCAACAUUUCUUAAAUUUGCAAUAAAGCAUCUAUUGGCCUUGGACAUGAAGCUAAAAUCCAGUUUUAACUCUUCAAACAGGGAGAUGAGUCCAGAUGAAAGGCUGCCGACCUGUGAUAAUGAUCCCAAAAGUUCAGAAAAUGAAAUAAGUUCGGACAAGCAAGGUGCAAAAAUGUGUGGUACUCAAAAUUUUGAAUCCAUUACUCCAAUGAAGGAUGAUAUUGAAGGGAUUACUUCUAAAGGAUCUCCAUCUUCUUCUGGCCAAGAGAGAUACAAUGCAAUAGCACUUCAAAAGCAAAGUAGUAAUGUUGACAAAAUCAACCUAGGAGUAAAUGAUCAACUUGAUGAAUGUGCAAAUGAGCUUACCGAAGAUGACAUGGAGGAAUUUGAGUUAAUGAUAGAUAAUGCUUUGGAUCAGUGCUUUUUCUGCUUAUAUGGUCUUAAUCUUAGAUCUGACUCAUCAUAUGAUGAUGAACUGGCUGUGCACAAAAAUGCUAGUCGUGGUGAUUAUCAGACCAAGGAACAAUGUGCCGAUGUCUUCCAAUACCUUCUUCCCUCUGCCAAGGCUUCUUCUAGAACUGGAUUAGUCAAACUUCGCAGAGUGCUAAGAACCAUACGUAAACACUUUCCUCAACCACCUGAAGAAAUUUUGGCUGAAAAUAUAAUAGAUAAGUUUUUUGAUGCUGAUUUAUGUGAGGACAAACUGUCAGAGAUGGCUGGAUCUGAAGGUUAUCUGGAUACUGUAACAAAGAUGCUUUUUCCUGAUGGAGGAAACUUCAAACAGUACAAAGCAUCAUUACUACAGAGCUCUGAGCCAUAUUUGGAUAUUUAUAGCAAUCUAUAUUAUUUCCUAGCACAGUCGGAAGAAACUAAUGCAACUGAUAAAUGGCCUGGCUUUGUGCUCACCAAGGAAGGGGAAGAAUUUGUUCAGCAAAAUGCAAACCUCUUCAAAUAUGACCUACUUUAUAACCCUCUACGCUUUGAGAGUUGGCAACGUCUUGGAAAUAUUUAUGAUGAGGAGGUGGAUUUGCUGCUAAAUGAUGGGAGUAAACACAUAAAUGUAUCAGGAUGGAGGAAGAAUACCACUUUGCCUCAGAGAGUAGAGACAAGUAGAAGGAGGAGCAGGCGCUGUCUAUUAAUAAGUUUGGCUUUGGCUAAGACAUCAGAACAGCAGGGUGAGAUACAUGAAUUAUUGGCGUUAGUAUACUACGACAGCCUUCAGAAUGUUGUUCCCUUCUUUGAUCAGCGAUCAGUUGUGCCCUCAAGGGAUGCAGUUUGGAGGAUGUACUGUGAAAAUUCUAUGAGGCACUUUAAAAAAGCCUUCAUGCACAAGCCAGACUGGUCACAUGCAUUCUACAUAGGAAAACUCUGUGAGAAGCUUGGAUACUCGUAUGAGACAUCGUUGUCCUAUUAUGAUAAGGCCAUUGCUUUGAAUCCAUCAGCUGUCGAUCCUUUCUACAGGAUGCAUGCCUCACGCUUAAAGUUACUCUGGAACUGUGGAAAGCAAAAUCUUGAAGUCUUAAAGGUUCUUUCAACGUGUUCUUUCAGUCAAUCUUUAAAGGAUGAUGUAAUGGACAUUAUCAGGGUAUUAUCUCCUGAAAGUUCGCUUAUGGAAGAAGAUAUGGACGAAAGCAGUAAAAAGAAUAUAGAGGAAAAACAUCAUGACAAAUUAGAGAAAAUGGAUGAGGUGUGGAACAUGCUUUACAAUGACUGUCUUUCCGCGCUGGAAAUUUGUAUUGGAGGAGAUCUGAAACAUUUUCAUAAGGCUAGAUUUAUGCUCGCCCAAGGAUUAUAUAAAAGGGGGGGAAGAGGUGAUUUGCAGAAGGCUAAAGAUGAACUUUCUUUUUGCUUCAAAUCAUCUCGGUCAAGCUUUACAAUAAACAUGUGGGAGAUUGAUGGCAUGGUGAAAAAGGGAAAGCGCAAAACACCAGGUUUAGCUGGGAACAAGAAGGCCCUUGAAGUAAACUUACCAGAGAGUUCUCGAAAGUUUAUAACUUGCAUCCGAAAAUACUUGCUGUUUUAUCUGAAAUUGUUGGAAGAAACUGGAGACAUCUGUACUCUUGACCGGGCUUAUCUUUCCCUUCGGUCUGAUAAGCGGUUCUCCUUGUGCAUUGAAGAUCUUGUGCCGGUGGCACUUGGGAGGCACAUAAAGGCUCUGGUUUUAUCCAUGAAUCAAAUUGAGACUGCUGCUGCUGCUGAUCAACUUGAGAAGAUAUUCGGUUUGUUUAUGGAACAGGGUACCUUAUGGCCCGAGAUCUGCUGUUUGCCUGAGAUUAAGAGUCCAGAAAUAUCCGAGAGCAGUUUAUAUGGGUAUCUUCACCAGUAUAUUCUGUCCUUGGAAAGAAAUGGCAAACUGGAAACACUUGAAGCAAUAAAUGAGAGGAUCCGGAAACGGUUCAAGAACCCAAAAUUGUCAAAUAGUAAUUGUGCCAAAGUUUGCAGGCAUGCCUCGAUUGCUUGGUAUCGAUCUAUUAUAAUUGGCUUGGCAUCAAUCACUCCAUUGCAAUCUGGAUUCUCGAACGAUGUUCAAACUCUUAACCUACCAAUAGAUGGUGUUGUGGAAAGCAGCCAGCAGCUUUGUGUUGAUCUGCAAACAACUGAACUAUGGAAUUCAUCGUUUGAGGACUCAACUCAUUCGGAAAGUCUCAAAACAAAAAGGAACCCGACUUUGGCAAAAAUUAAUAAUAUCGUGAUAAAGAAGGCUUACGACGGAGAUUUGGAGACUGCCAACUCUUUGCUUAGAAGUUCAUACAAUUUCUAUCGGGAGAGCUCCUGUGUAAUGCUCCCAUCUGUGGUCAACCUUUCUUUGGUGCCAUCUCGACUAUUAAAAGAAAAGCAGUUCCCAUCAAGCAUCGAAGGGGUUGAACCUCUUGAACUAAGCAUUCCGAGGAAGCUUUUGUUGUGGGCUUAUACGUUGUUGAACAGCCGGUAUGCCGGCAUCUCAGCUGUUGUAAAGUACUGUGAAGAAAAUGCUAAGUUGAAGAUGAAAAGGGGCGCUGCAACGUCAUCAGCACCGCAAAAUACAAACACUAGCAGUGCUGUGUCCAGCCAUACAGCUGCUGCUAGCGGCAAAGAAGCAGCAAGUCACGGUGUAGGCAGUGAAGCCGAGGCUGCUGCGGCGACAUCAGGGCCAGCUGUUGUAGUGCCAGAAAGCGAUAACAAACAUUCUACCAGUCCGCUUCCAUCGUCGAGCGAGGGUCAAAGGAGCUUACUUACUGCUCCACAGCCUCAUCCUUGUAACAAAGAAGGGGAAAGGGAAAGGAGCACUGUUGCACGUGAAGGAGAUGAUCCUAACAAAGACUGAUUUUGUAAAGUAGACUGAUUGUAGUAAAAAUGUUGCUUUAUUCCUCAUAUUGCACCUCCUUUGUAUUUUCAUCCCAAAAUUUCUUUUAAGAAAUCAGAACUUUUAAUGA